AUGGGUAAACCGCAGCAGAAGACUGAAGUCAAGGAGUUGACUGUCGAUGAGAAGGGCCAGAAUGGCUCCGGCGACACAGUCAAUCAUCUACACUGGCAACCUGGCUACGCUAAGCAAUUUCCUUACGUUGGCGCCGCAUGUCUUUUGGGCGUUGUCUGCACAGCGAUCGGUUGUGCUCUGGUUCUUUACUUUUCCAACAACCGAUCAUGCGCAAGAUGGCCGUCGAUAUUGGCGCCGAAUGUGGCUGUUUCCAUUCUCAACGCCAUAGGCAACAUCUGUCUAUUGACAGCCAUGUCCAGAGGUAUUCCAGUAGCUUGGUGGAUAAAAGCAAUGGAAGGGGCUACGGUCUCGCAGCUGCAUAACUCCUGGAGCUAUUCGGUCACAACCCUUCCAAUCUUCAGGAACUUGUUCCGACUGGAUGUAAUCGGCCUCGCCGUCCUGGUCGCAAAGAUCUCCGUUGUCGACAGUAUACUCUAUCAGCGGGCGACGUCGACGUACGUUGGUCAGGACACUCCACAACUAGUCUCUAUGCAGGGAGUCGCGGCUACGGCAUUCCCAUCGACAGGCUAUGUCGUGGCAGAGGGAUUCGCAGCUCAGACGACAUGUGAAUGCUUUAUGAUCGGCGACGAGUAUACAUCGGUCGUCAAUACAUGGCAGACAAGCAAUGGCUUCUUUCAGGGCUACAACCGAUACUUCCAGGAGUGUGAUGGUGUCUGCUAUGCAUAUAUCGAUGCCAUCGGAUUCGAAAUUGACUGUACUGAAGAUCGCAACGUGACAGACAUCGCUGUCGCUCCGAUUGAGGCCUUUAAUGCUGCUGGCGGUCGCGGCAAUACUACCGCCUGGUCGAAUAUCCCAAUCUUCAAUACCUCCUUCACCGUGGACUUUGCCGACGGAACUCACUCCAAUCAAAGUGUUAUCAACCUUGACCUACAGUACUUCCAGUCCAAGGAUCCCUUCAAUCCAAGUGGUGAGACCUGUCAAGGUACCGUCACCACUGUUCAGUGCAAGCUCAGGCCAGCCCUAGUCCGAUAUCCUCUUAUGAUCACCAAUUUCACCAAUCCUCACGUCACCAACGGUGUCUCUUUGGGAAGCCUGGCGACCGAAACCCCAGGGGGACACGACGUCAUGAUCUCGAAUCAGAACAAUCAGCCAUACUCAUACAACCUGAAACAAGCAGAAGGUUUCGAGGUUCUGUCCUACUUGUAUCCAGACGAGACCGGCAAGCUCAACGGGAUCACUUACCUUGGAGGCGUAGCCAACGCCCUCCACAUAGCGUUGACCUCCACAGCGACCAUCUCUUACCAAGGAAAGGAAGCGUGGUCGCUCAGUCAGACAGGUGUGCUCGCGCAGACCAUGAUGUAUGGCCCGCCCAACAUGGGUUCUUGCGACUGCUCCUUCCGCGAUGAUUCGCUCAGCACGAUAGUGGCCAGUAUCAACCAACUCGCUUUCUUGACUGCGACUGGUUUGAUCGAUCAGGAAUCGGUGCCGUUUCCAACGACUGCUGGCUCGAACUCGACUGCUAAUUUCCUGGUCCCACAACCCAAAACCUAUCAAGUCUCCAACACAAGUCAACCACUGAUCAUUCAAGGAGUUGCUUCGAACAGUACGACAAACUUCAGAUCAAUGGAUGGCACUAUGCAGGUCAGCGACGUCACCUUCUUCCAGACUCACUUCCUUUUCCUGGGUCUCGGGGUUGGCAUGACUCUGUUAUGUGUCAUCACAACCGCGUCGCUGUUCUGGCGAUACGGUACACUGGGUCGCGAUGUCUCACUCGGCCCGAUCGAGGUCGCGGGAGCGUUUGGCGCACCAAUUUUGUCGACCAUGCCUGCCAGCUCACCCAGACCCGACGCCUCUCUAACGGCGGCUCCGAGUCCCACGGUUCCACGUACGUCGCAGGAGAAGCGAGCGCCACGACCUGCGCCAAUAUCAGUGCAAUCAACAAAUCAGUCAAAUCCACCCAGCCCUGCUAUACAUAGCCCAGUCAGCUUCGCCAACAUGGACGAUCUGCUCGCGAAAGUCGGCCACCGAAGUGUGCUGUACGGUCUGGUCGAUGUCGAGCACCACGAUGAUGCGAGUAGCAGCAGUGCAGUCCCGCAAUCUCCUGGCUCAGUUCCUGGCUCGCCAGGAGGUCCAAACUCGACUUCUACGAAGCGGAGAUCGCAGAUCAUGACCUUCGGCGAUGCUGGGAACGAGCGGGUCAGGCCUGCUACUACGAAGAGGAGGUCGCAAGUUGUGAGUAUGGGAAGUGCUAUUAGUGAGAAAUGA